CCCAGGUCGUUCUGGACGUGGGCCUGGCCCUGGAGGCGCUGCUGGAUUUGGGCUCGCGGGGCCCCCGGCCUCACCCUCCGGGUGGCCUCGUACACCGGGGGGGGCCAAGGGCCCUGGAGCCCCCCCCUGCUGCUGCCGCCCCCCGCUGCCGAGGCCCCGCUGGAGACACAGCUGGUGCGGCCCCCGGCCCUGGCCAGCGCCUGGUGGCCGCUGCUGGUGGCCCUGGUGGCCCUGGGGACGCUGGCCCUGGUGGCCCUGGUGGCGCUGGCAGCGAGGAGACGGCGCAAGGAGACGCGCUACGGGGCCGCCUUCGCUCCGGCCGUUCGUUUCCGCGCCCGCAGCUCCUACGGCCGCCGCUCGGCGCAGGCCACGCUGAACCGCCUGGGCAUCAGCCCCGAGCUGAAGGAGAAGCUGCGGGACGUGCUGGUGGAGCGGCACCGCGUGGCGCUGGGCAAGACCCUGGGCCAGGGCGAGUUCGGCUCGGUGGUGGAGGGGACGCUGCACCAGGACUCGGGCGUGCUGCGCGUGGCCGUGAAGACCAUGAAACUGGCCAUCUGCUCGCGGGGGGAGCUCGAGGAUUUCCUGAGCGAGGCCGUCUGCAUGAAGGAGUUCGACCACCCCAACGUCAUGAAGCUGAUCGGUGUGUGCCUGCAGCCCUGGGGGGGCAGCUCGGAGGGGCCCCCCCCCGCCCCCAUCGUCCUCCUGCCCUUCAUGGCCCACGGGGACCUGCACAGCUUCCUGCUCUGCGCCCGCCUCGGGGACCCCCCCACGGCGCUGUCCCCUCGCACCCUGCUGGGCUUCAUGGCCGACAUCGCGGCCGGGAUGAGCUACCUGAGCCAGAGGAACUUCGUGCACCGAGACCUGGCGGCGCGGAACUGCAUGCUGGACGAGCGGCUGCGGGUGCGCGUGGCCGACUUCGGGCUCUCCAAGCAGGUCGGGGGCUCGCAGUAUUACCGGCAGGGCCGCGGCGCCCCCGUCCCCGUCAAGUGGGUGGCCCUGGAGAGCCUGGCUGAGCGCGUCUACACCACCAAGAGCGACGUGUGGUCAUUCGGCGUGACCAUGUGGGAGAUCGCCGCCCGGGGCCUGACGCCGUACCCGGGGCUGGAGAACAGCGAGGUCUUCGAGUUCCUGCGGGGGGGGCGGCGACUGGGGGCUCCCCCACACUGCCCGCCCAGCCUGUACGCCCUGAUGCGCCGCUGCUGGGCCGCCGACCCCCGGGCCCGCCCGACCUUCGAGGAGCUGGGGGGGGCCCUGGGGGGGCUCCUGCGGGGGCUGCCCCCCCCCCCGGCGACCCCCGACCCCCUCUACGUCAACAUGGCCGAGGGGGGGGGAGGGGCGGCGGCGGGGGGAGCCCCCGAGCCCCCCAAAACCCCCCCCGGCAGCGAGGGGGGGGGGUCCGGGCCGCUACGUGCUCUGCCCCGCCCCCCCCCGAGCUCGGGACCCCCCCCCCCGGAAUUUGGGGAGCCCCCCCCUGAAUUUGGGGAGCCCCCCGAGUUUGGGACCCCCCCGGAGGAUUUGGGGGCCCCCCCGGAUUUUGGGGCUUCUGAGGAGGGGGCGUGAUGGGCGCGCCCCGCCCCCACCCCCAAAAAAAGCUGUGGCACUGCCAGGGACCCCCCCCCCAAAAGAGGAGGGACCCCCCCCAAUAUGAAGGGACCCCCCCCAAAAAGGGACCCCCCCCAAAGGUACUGGGACCCCCUCAAAAUAAAGGGACCCCCCCAAAAGGGACCCCCCCAAAGGUACUGGGACCCCCCCCAAUAUAAAGGGGCUCCCCCCAAAAAGGGACACCCUCAAAAAGGGACACCCCCCAAAGGUACUGGGACCCCCCCCAAAAAGGGACCACCCCCAAAAGAGGAGGGACCCUCCCAAUAUAAAGGGACCCCCCCAAAAAAAGGAGCCCCAAAUAAAGGGACCCCCCCCAAAAUGAAGGGACCCCCCCAAAAAAGGGACCCCCCCCAAAGGUACUGGGGAUCCUCCCAAAUAAAGGGACCACCUCCAAAAGAGGAGGGACCCCCGCAAAAUGAAGGGACCCCCCCAAAAAAAGGGACCCCCCAAAAGAGGAGGGACCCCCCCUCCCAAAGGUACUGGGACCCCCCCAAUAUAAAGGGACCCCCCCAAAAAGGGACCUCCCCCCCAAAAAGGGACCCCCCACAAAGGUACUGGGGACCCUCCCCAAAUAAAGGGACCACCCCCAAAUUAAAGGGACCCCCCUCCCAAAGGUACUGGAGACCCCCCCAAAAAAGGGACCCACCCCCAAUGUACUGGGUCUCCCCCCCAAAAUAAUGGGACCCCCCCCAAAAUAAAGGGACCCUCCCAAAAUAAAGGGACCCCCCCAAAAAAAAGACCCCCAAAGGUACUGGGGACCCCCACAAAUAAAGGGACCCCCCCCAAAAAAGGACUCCCCAAAAUAAAGGGCCCCCCCACCAAGGUACUGGAGACCCCCCCAAAAAGGGACCCCCUCCCCAAAAGAGGAGGGACCGCCCCCCCGCCAAGGUACUGGGGACCCCCCUCCAAAUAAAGGGACCCCCCUGAGCCCCCCCCA